AUGCCAGGCGAUUCCCCGAUACGUGAUCUCAGCGUCAUCUACGACGACGAUGGAGUGCUGAGAGUGGGAGGAAGGCUUGGUGCAGCCGAUUUGCCCUACAACGUGAAGCAUCCUGUUAUCCUACCGUCAAGACAUCCCUUCACAGAGCUAACGAUCAGCGCAGCCCACCACCGUCUCCUGCAUGCCGGCGCACUCGAGACUCUUACCGAACUGACGGAAAUGUACUGCAUCGUGCGUGGAAGGCAAAUGGUGAAAAAGGUGCUUAAGAAAUGUGUGACUUGCAACCGUUUCAACAGCCGAGCUGCUACUGAGCCAGUCGCUCCUCUGCCUCGUGAGGGGGUGACACAAGCUCCACCCUUUGAUGUUACCGGUGUAGAUUUUGCUGGCCCACUGAACACGAAGGAUCAAGGAAAUAACCGGAAGUCUUACAUCGUUAUUUUCACAUGUGCAGUGACCAGGGCAAUACACUUUGAGUUGGUGACCGACAUGUCCACCUCAAACUUCCUGAUGGCGUUCCGAAGAUUUAUCUCGAGAAGAGGAGUUUGUCGAGUGAUCUUUUCUGACAACGCCAGGACAUUCCAGCGCGCUUCUAAGGAUCUAAGGCGACUAUGGACAACAAUAAGAGGAGAAGAAAUUCACAACUUCUUCACAAGCCACCAGAUCAGCUGGAAAUUUAUAGCUGAGAAAGCUGCUUGGUGGGGAGGAUUCUGGGAAAGAAUGGUUCGGUCCGUAAAAACAUCGUUGAAGAAGGUCUUGGGAAACAGCUACUGCAACUUCGAGGAGCUCACGACAAUCCUAACUGAAAUCGAAGCUGUUAUCAACUCUAGACCCUUGACCUAUGUCUACACGGAGGCGAGCGAAUCCGAACCUCUAGCACCAUCGCACUUUCUAGUGGGAAAGCGACUGACCACUCUUCCUGACAGUGGUUCCGCUACAGAGGUGGCUCAGCCCCUGGUCAACUCACUCGUCGCUGGCACUACCGACAAAGGAUGGUCGACCAAUUUUGGCGUCGCUGGCAAAAGGAGUAUCUGA